AUGAAGUUCAAUCUGUUCAGGAAGCCGCAGCCGGUAGCUGCAGCCGAGCCCACCGGAGCCACCACAACUGCCAGCAUGGCCCCUACCCCGGCCGCCAUCUCCACGGUGGCCGAAAGCUCCGGCAACAACACGGAGAUCAGCAAGAAUGACAUGUUUGAGGAGAUCAAGAGCAAAUUCUUGAAUGAAAUUGACAAAAUCCCAUUACCUCCGUGGGCUCUGAUCGCCAUUGCGGUGGUGGCGGCUUUGUUGGUGCUCACCUGCUGCUUCUGCAUCAUCAAGAAGUGCUGUUGCAAGAAGAAGAAAAACAAGAAGGGCAAAAAGGGCAAGGAUGGAUUCAAUAUGAAGAACAUGGAGGGUGGUGAGAAACCACAGGAUGAUGAUGAUGAUGAGGGAGAGACCGGACUCACGGAAGAGGAGAAGGAGGAGGAGGAAAAGGAACAAGAGAAACUGGGAAAGCUGCAGUACUCCAUCGAUUACGACUUUGAGAACACAAAGCUCACUGUUGGCAUCCUUCAAGCUGCGGACCUCAUGUCCAUGGAUUCAGGCGGGACUUCCGACCCAUACGUUCGAGUUCUGCUCUUACCUGAAAAGAAGAAGAAAUUUGACACCAAAGUCCACAAGAAAACUCUCAACCCAGUUUUCAAUGAGACCUUUGUCUUCAAGGUCCCUUACGAAGAACUCGGUGGCAAAACUCUGGCAAUGUCCGUUUUCGACUAUGACCGCUUCUCAAAGCAUGAUGUCAUCGGUGAGGUGAAGCUGCCCAUGAACACCAUCGACCUGGGGCGGCCUAUUGAGGAGUGGCGGGACCUGGAGAGUGCCGAUCAAGAGGAGCCUGAGAAACUCGGGGACAUCUGCAUAUCUCUACGUUACGUCCCAACUGCCGGGAAACUCACCGUUUGCAUCCUGGAGGCCAAGAACCUGAAGAAGAUGGAUGCCUGCGGAUUAUCUGACCCAUAUGUGAAGAUCCAGCUGCUGCAGGGAGGUAAACGUCUGAAAAAGAAGAAGACCACAGUGAAGAAGAACACCCUCAACCCGUACUACAAUGAAUCUUUCAGCUUUGAAAUCCCUCUGGAACAAAUGCAGAAAAUCCUGGUGGCCGUAACAGUGUUCGACUACGACAAGAUCGGCAAGAACGACGCCAUCGGAAAAAUCUUUGUUGGCAGCAAGGCUACCGGGCUAGGUCUCAAGCACUGGUCGGACAUGCUGGCCAACCCGCGCCGCCCCAUCGCCCAGUGGCACGCCUUGCAACCGGAGGAGGACAUCGACGGUCAGCUAGCUUCCUUGGCGGCCAAGAAGUAA